GAGCUACAAUUGCACAAAGUUGAUCUCCCUGUUAUAUCUCUGAAGCAAUGUCAAAAAUGGAUGAGACAAGCUACUUAUCAAAGUAUAUGCACUUACACUGAAGGAAAGGAUGCUUGUAUAGGGGACUCUGGAGGCCCAUUGAUAUGUUCUGGAUACCAAGCAGGAAUCACGUCUUAUGGAAUAGGAUGUGCAGUCAAAGAAAGACCUGGGAUAUUUCAGAGGGCCGAUAUCCACCACGAUUGGCUGCGCUACGAACCGGAGGACAACGAACCGGGGGGCACCGCGAAACCCAGCGCAGGCGUCCUCCUCCUGCUCCCACUGCUGCUGGCGUUUCACGCGGUCGCCUCGCGCACGUCCACUACGACCCUGUCUCUCCAAUACUAUUUACAUUAG